AUGCCUAGCCAGCGACCUUCCAAGCGACAACGCAUUUUUCGGGCAUGCGACCAAUGCCGCCGGCGAAAGUCCAAGUGUGACGGAGGACAGCCUGCUUGCUCAAUCUGCCGCACGGCAAAUCGUACUUGCAGUUAUCAAAAUGGCGGUGGACGACGAGGCUUGCCCCCUGGAUAUGUUCGUAGCUUGGAGAUGGUCCUUGGGCUUGUUUUGCAGAAUGUCCCAAACAGCGAGAAAACAGUGCAUGAUCUUUUGACUAAGUCGCGAAACAACAAUCACUUCCUUGCCAGAGAUCCCGCAAUCAUCUGGCGACAGUCUCAACUGGCCAAAGAUUUGUCCAAAUUGAUUGACCAUGAUUCUCAAGAAGUCUCCACAAUGACCGUUCCUGAUGAAUCUGAAUGGGACACACUAGAGAUGAUCAACACACCAGGCGUCGUUAAUGCUGGCACUGAGCCUGCAACCUCGGGGACGAAUAAACCGGCCUUGCAGCAACGAAUUCAAACGAUUGGGACAGGCCAGAUGGACUAUGCUUAUCUACCUUUUCCAAGCGAUACACUCAGCAUGCUGGAAAAUUAUUUCACAUAUACACACUGCUGGUUCCCGAUUCUAGAGCGCCGUGAUCUAUUUCGGACAAUGCAUACUAGUCUUGGACCAGAAGCCAGCCUAGGUCAUGAUUCAAGCUUAGUUCUUUGGGCAGUGGUGGCUUACGAAUCAGCUGCGAAAGAUGACCCAGACCCAAGGCAGCCAGGUCCUUUGCAGAUACAACAAUCGAUCUAUGCACGAGCCAUGACAAAUUCGACACAUCUGGAACUAGGACACAUACAAACAGUCAUUGUCCUUGCCCUACUGCAGCUGAAGCUAGGGGAUAUAAAAAAUUCGUGGAGGCUUGCUGGUCAGGCUUCCAGAAUGUUGGCGACUUUGCCUAUGACUUCUAGGAACAACCGAUAUCAUAAUACUUUCCAUGGAUGUAUCUUCCUUGACAACAUUUUGUCUGCGGUCUUGAGCAAAACACCUUGCAUGUCGUUAGAAGAGCAACAGGAAGAAGGGCCUAUCAGUGAAGACAACAUAGAAGAAUGGGAUGUAUGGUCGGUAUCUCUACCAGCUUCAGAAGGAUGUCGAAACACACCCAAAGGACCCUUGCGGGCGUUGAGCAUCUUUAAUAACAUCAGUAAGCUCAUGAAUUACUUGGCUCGAAUAUUUGAUACGUCGACCAAUAUGCUGCGCGCAGAUGAGCGCGGGUUGUCAGCCAAUCUGCAAGCCGUUGGAUCCCUACAGAAUAUAUUUGUUGAGAAGUACCCGCAUACCGGAGGCUCAGAGUCCAACACCCCUCCAUUACUCACCUUGCAUCUCACAUCCUUCUUUGUGAUGCUGGAGUCCUUGAAAAGAAGCCUAGCGCUCGACAUGGGCGAAAAGGCGUUGGUUGUCAACCUCGUCCGAUCGAGUGUGAAUUUGUUGGACAAAUAUCUGGAGAUAACUGGAGCAUUACAAAUAUCACCAUUAUUGUCUUGUUUUGCUUUACAAUGCCAGCAGUGCUUUAAUAUGGUUCAUCCCGAUCCUAACUCUGGCGAAAGACAGGCUUUGGAAAACCGACUUUGUCCGUACCUGCAGAGUUUGGAGGCCGGGACGGGAAGUCUCCAGAGAUCGAUUAACCUGCGAUCUGCAAGAGCCGAGAAUGCUCGAAUGGACCCUCCUUACAAUGGAUUCGUCCAGUCAUCCGAUUUGCAUGUGUUGGAAACGCGACCUGAAAAUUCCAUCAUUGCUCCCCCAGCGAAUCCCGCUGCUGACUCUUGUGUUAUUUCGGCUUUUCAAUCACCGGCCGGGGUCACAAUUGCAGACGAUGAGGGAUUUGAUGCCCUGUUUGAGGAAAUGGUCACCUCCAUUCCGAUAAACAGGCAACAACCUCUUUUCGCUCAAAAUUUAGGCUUCUACGCUGGAAACUUGGAUAAAGACUUCCUAGAGCAACUUCAACAGCCAGCGGACGGCUGA